AUGGCCUCCACUGCGUCUCACCCCCAAAUUGCGCCGCCUAGAGCGUCGCAAGCUUCUCAAAACCUCCCGUCAGUCACCUUCCCCGCCGGCUCUGCCGCUAGUGAAGCUAGAGCGUAUUCAACAUCAGGAUCGGAUCAGUCAGUGACAACACCUCCGUCAUCUAUAUAUCCAUCGCCAUCCCCUCACGCCACUCCUGAUACAUCCCCCAGCUCUGCAAAGUCUGUCGAGAAGAAGAAAAAAUCCCUUUUGCGACCGUUUUCAAGCACCUCUCGUCAGUCUGAAACCAACCCUGAACAUACCCCGGAGAACGCAAGACCACUUUCGGUCUCUCAAAGAGCUAGACGUACCUUGAGCAUCAAUUCGCCUUUCCAACGUUUCAAAUCCCUCGGCCCCACCUCAAAGCCAAGCGGAAUACCGGCCUCCACUCCCGAAGUUCGUUCUGCGUCAAACCCCUCGACACAACGAGAUGUGGAUUCCACUCAUUCAUCCCAAGGAACCAUAUCCAAAGGCAUUCGCAGUGUCGCUCGCUCUGUCAAAAAGUCACUCCAUCAGCUUGAUCGCCCUCUCAUUCUGCGUAAUGAGCGCAAACCUCAUUCUGCCGAUCAAUUAAACGUUGCCAGGCCCUCAUCUCAAGCCCUUUCGACAUCAAGCACUGUGCAAUCAGUCGCCCCACAGGCAUCCAACGCAUUGCAAUCCAAUUUGCCUUCGGAAACCAACACUUCCUCUGCCUUAAGAACGCGAACCAAGUCCGAAUCUCACAUUGCUCGAUCCCGCCCCGAAAGCUUACCACUUGCAAAAUCUAUUUCACAUCAGUCCAAGAAAAAAAACAGGAUGUCAGCUCUUGAACCAAGCCAUGCCGCCAUUCCGACCUUUGGCUCUUUGCCCCAGGCGGCUGCCAUACUCGCUAGGCCUCCGCCAGAUCCUACGACUUUCUUAGCAAUCAUACCAGGGCAAGGUCCGCCAUCCAACGUAUCACUACUGUCCCCUUUUCAACGCGAAGAUAUGCGAGGGGCUCCCCUUACCGGUGGUUCUGCGAACACGUCGAUCUUCCCACAUAGUAUUCAGGCCCAAGCUCCUAUAAGCCCUCGUCCCUCUACUCUAGACUUGGACGAAGAUACUGGGUUCACUUUCAUUCGCUCAUCCGAACCUGAGGCUGUGACCACUGCAGGAAAUGCUAGCAAUGUUCCAGGAUCGGUGGUACGCAAGUCUUCAUACAACGAAACAGACUCAAUACGGAGGGUACCAUCCAACCUGGAAGACUUCACGGGUGCUGAUUGGAGUCAGCUCGUUGAUGAAUCAAUUUGUUAUCCCAACAUAGGCACUCGUCAUCGUCCAAUCUUUGCCUCGAGUCGAAGCCCCAGCAAUUUCACCAGUGAUUUUCCCCGUGAUACGUCCAGUUCUUCAAUAUUUGAACCUAUUCAUCCUACCGCUUUGAGCAAGUCUUGCAGUGAUACGGAUAUCCGAUCAUAUGAUGUACCGAAUUUUCUGGCGACUGGGCUUGAUCAGUUCAAUGGCAGAUCAUCGUCAGAAUCAGUCAAACUUCCUUCUACAAACCGUGAUUAUCACAAGUCGGUUUCAAAAUCAUCAAAUCGCCAUGCUAACCGUCACACAGUUGUGGCUUUCCACGGAAGAUUAAUACGACGUGAACGUGAUCCAAGUCAACCGCCAGCUUCUUCCUCUCAAAUGGCUGUACGCCAUCGCUCUUCCGGCAUUCUGACCCACCACGGUGUCCACAAGCACCUCAGGUCUUCGGAAUCAGUUGGACUUUUUCACGUCCGUUCCGCUCAUCGUUCGGCACUAAGAUCAAAACGCCAAGUCCGAAAGUCUUCCCCAUCUGUCAAGCGUCGCCGAGUGGUAGACGACAUCGUCGCUGCUGAAGUGCCUACAAGUGGCCUAUUCGACAUGAGUAAAGUCUUACCUAGCGUGUUAUUCGCCUUGGCCGCGGCGGUUGUAGUAGCUAGUAUGGCGUAA